UCGCCCUGCCGCGGCUGAGGGACGAGGCGGGCCAUGGUCACGUUCGGGCUGACCGUCGUCCGGCAUGGAGAAACAAGAUACAAUAAAGAGAAGAUACUGCAAGGGCAGGGUGUAGAUGAGCCUCUCUCUGAGAUGGGCUUCCGACAAGCCAGUGCUGCUGGUCUGUUUCUCAGUGAUGUCAAGUUUACUCACGUGUUCUCGAGUGAUCUGCUUCGAGCAAAGCAGACUGCAGCCUCAAUUCUUGGAAAGAGUCAUUUUUGCAAAGAAGUGGCUGUAAAAUAUGACGCAAGACUCAGAGAGCGGAAAUAUGGAGUGGCAGAAGGGAGGCCGCUGAGUGACCUCAGGAUCAUGGCAAAAGCUGCUGGGGAGCAGUGUCCAUCAUUCACACCUCCUGGAGGAGAAACUCUAGAAGAAGUAAAAGCACGCAGCAAGGAUUUUUUUGCAGAUCUUUGUCAUCUUAUUGUUGGGGAAGCGUGUCAGGAAAAACAAGCUACGGAAAAGACAACAGAAAAGGACACAGAAAGAGCAGGAGAAAGUUCUAAUACCUGGUUGACAAACCACCACAGGUGCCUGGAAUUUCAUUCCAGUCCCACGGAAUGUCCUGAAGAGCUGGCUGCCAAUGUACUGGUUGUGAGUCACGGGGCAUACAUGAGGAACUGGAUGAGCUAUUUUGUAUCAGACCUAGAAUGUACUUUGCCAGCCACUUUGACAAAGACUGAGCUCUCUUCUGUGAGUCCCAAUACUGGUAUUAGUCAGUUUCUUAUAAAACUUGAGAACAGAGAUAACAUUAAGCCUAAAAUCCAGUGCAUUUUUCUGAACAGAGUUGAUCAUUUAGGUGAUGUGGCAGCUGAAAAUUUAUAGCUCAGACUAAAAAAAUGUAAUGUGUAUUUAUGCAGUGCAUGAAAGCAUAUUUUCUUUUACAUUAUUGUAUUGGCUGUAUGAAAAGGGGAAAAAUAGAGUAAAUUCAUAUCCUGUUGCAAAAAUUAACUUUUUAGCAACUGGUUAUAG